UUCUGCUUGUUUCGUGGUGAAAGCUUUGUCCUCAGAAUAUGCCCAGGCAUCACCAUGAAUCUGACACUGAGCUCCAAGCCUGGAUUCUUCCUCACCAACAGUUCUCCGGGAAUGAGAGAUUAUCCCGACAUCGCCGUCAUUCCUCAAGACUUCUGGCCAGAGGGUGACAGUCAACAAGCCAAUGUCUCCAUCCUGACAUGGGGCACCAACCUGACCAGCUCCCCAAAUGCCACUAUCACACCCACUAUGGUCUAUGACCCCCUAGGUGGACACUCUGUCUGGCAGGUCAUCAUUAUUGUACUACUAACAGGGUCAUUGUCCCUGGUCACAAUCAUUGGAAAUGUCUUGGUGGUUGUGUCGUUUAAAGUUAACAAACAGCUGAAGACAGUGAAUAACUAUUAUCUGCUCAGCCUGGCAUUUGCUGACCUCAUUAUUGGCAUACUGUCAAUGAAUCUCUACACGACGUACAUUAUCAUGGGCAGGUGGGCACUUGGAAACUGGGCAUGUGACUUGUGGCUGGCUAUUGAUUAUGUGGCCAGCAAUGCAUCUGUCAUGAACUUGCUGGUAAUCAGCUUUGACAGAUACUUUUCAGUAACAAGGCCACUUACAUACAGGGCCAAACGGACCACUAAAAGAGCAAUGACCAUGAUUGGCCUUGCCUGGUUUAUUUCCUUUGUACUCUGGGCCCCUGCCAUCUUGUUCUGGCAGUACUUUGUGGGGAAACGAACAGUACCACCUGGAGAGUGCUCCAUCCAAUUUCUCUCGGAGCCUAUUAUCACGUUCUGCACUGCAAUUGCAGCCUUCUACCUUCCUGUAACCAUUAUGACAGUUCUCUACUGGCAGAUAUAUAAAGAGACAGAGAACCGAUCCAAGGACCUGGCAGGGCUGAAGGGCUCAGGGAGCCAAGUCAAGCAAAGCACCGAAGAGGAAUCUGCUGUAAUGAUGCCCUCAAGAGACAGCUCUUACAGUUGUGCCAACGACAGCCUAAACCAGCCUAUUCAAAAGGACUCUGAGAAAAAGAUAGUAAAUAGUUGCCGCUUCUGGCUGCUGGGUCACAGUGGUAAAAAAGGUUGCAGCACUGGUGACCAAGAACACAGCAGCAGUGAUAGCUGGAAUAACAAUGAUGGUGGAGCAUCAAUAGACCAAUCAGAUGAAGAGGAACAGGAUGAAGAAGGAGCCAAUGCAACGGCUGUUUACUCCAUCGUUGUGGACACAUCUGAAGUGACGACAGAUGGAAACGCUGGAACAUCUAAGCAAGGACAGCUAAAGCCUGAAAACACUGCUGCAGAAAAACCUAGGAAAGGCUUUUCCAAAAACCCCAGCCAGUCCUUGCCCACUAUGGACAACUCUAAGCCUUGUGGGAGCUCUUCUGCCUCAAAAUCACCUUCAGUACCUCUGUCCUUUAAGGACGAAACUAUGACAAAGGAAUUGGUCUCCAAGGCCAAGACACAAACUAACAAGCGCAAGAAGGUGUCACUUGUCAAAGAGAAAAAAGCAGCACAGACAUUAAGUGCCAUCCUCCUUGCCUUCAUCAUCACCUGGACUCCAUAUAACAUCAUGGUCCUUGUAAAUACGUUUUGUGAUGACUGUAUCCCUAUGGGACUAUGGGCUCUGGGAUACUGGCUGUGCUAUGUGAAUAGUACAGUGAACCCUAUGUGCUAUGCACUGUGUAACAAAAACUUCCGCAUCACCUUCAAAAUGAUCCUGCUUUGCCAGUGGGAUAGACAGAAACAGAAUAAGCCUCACCUUCAACAGAAGCCAGGAGUUGUGGCCUACAAGAAGAACUAACUAAUGUAGAGGUCAAAUUGAGACGUCAGAUUUCAGAGCGUAGACUGUUAUGAACUCCUGGGUCAACCGUUCAUCGGGGCCAGUGUUUAGAUUUCCAACAUUAAAGCUUACAGACCAUUUGUAGAAAAUAGUUCCUGUAUGGAUAUGUCUCGUUGGAUAGGUCGGGUUCUUUACUUCCUAAAGCGGUUGUGCUUGAAACCCACUUUAAGAAGGACCUCCCCCCAACACACGCACACACACACACCCCGGCAAACCCCCACGUUGUUUGGUUCAACAUCAUAGAACCUUUAAGGGUUCCCUUCAGAGGGACAAGCUUUUGAUUGACAACCCUUAAGGGUUCUAGAUUGUACUUCGUUUCCCCUGUGUGUAUUGCCUUCGGUGGUUGUCCAAAGGGCUGUUGAGUUUGAAACCAUCGAAGUACGCUGUUAGAAAAGAGGUUUCCUCACGGGUCCUGUAAUAGUUAUAGCACUAAAAUUAUAAAGCGGUUCUACAGGGCCCACUGCAGAAAGCGAUUGGUGCUUCACUCUAGAAGGACAAACCAGAUAAUCUUUUUGGGUUACUAGAUCAAACUUUUUUUUUUUCUUAGAAUGAAUGUGAUUGAUUAGUGCCUCGAUUCAAACUGUGUGUUGAAGGUCAUAUGGGGAGGAAAGGUUACACAGCCUCCUAUUGUACCAGCCAAAUGAGAGGUAAGUCAGCAUGGCAUUUUUUUUUUUUUAAUCUUUGGUGUCAACCGUUGAAAAGAAAGUCAUCAUUUCUGCGCUGUAUGCUGGUGUUUUGUUUCUGAUAUACUUGGCCGUUGUCUGUAGUCGUCAUCACUGACGCAUACUCCAUAGAAAAAAAGGUUCUUGGGAUAGUUUAGGGUUCUUUGCGUCUAAAAGGGGUUCCUGAUUGAGAAACAGAAUUUUGGGGGGUUCUUUAAAACCUUUAAUGGUUCCUCCAAUUGGCAAACCAAAUCAAUAGCAAGGGUUCUAGGUGUAACUUUUUUUUUCUUCGAAGUGUUUUGUAGUAGUAGUUAGUGUAUUGUUCUCUCUCUGUUGUGUUUUAUCAAAAAUGCAGUGUUUUCCACACAGAAGUUGUUGUAUGAAGCUGCUUAUGUACUGUAUGAAUUGU